UAAUACUGUCAAGUUUAAGCGUGAAGCUGUCAACUUUGUCUAGUGUCUUCUUGUAAUAACAACUAUUUCUUUUGCAUUAAAACAGUAUGAAAUAAACAUUAUAAAACCCGACAACAUGGUAGAUGAAAGCACAAGGAAGACUUUAAGUAGCAUACCACUAUUGCAAACAAAAGCUGGACCAAGGGACAAGGAAUUAUGGGUUGCUAGACUAAAGGAAGAAUAUCAAGCUCUUAUCAAGUAUGUACAAAAUAAUAAGGCUGCAGACAAUGAUUGGUUCAGGUUGGAGUCGGAUAAAACAGGUACAAGAUGGUUUGGCAAGUGCUGGUAUGUCCACAACCUGCUGAAGUAUGAGUUUGAUCUGGAAUUUGAUAUACCUAUUACUUAUCCAACGACAGCCCCGGAGUUAGCUCUUCCAGGUCUUGAUGGCAAGACUGCAAAAAUGUACAGAGGAGGGAAAAUAUGCCUUACUGAUCACUUCAAACCACUAUGGGCUAGGAAUGUCCCAAAAUUUGGAAUUGCACAUGCAAUGGCUCUUGGACUCGGACCCUGGCUCGCUGUUGAAAUUCCAGACUUAAUAGAAAAAGGUGUUAUCACGUAUCAAGAGAAGACAGAUGAAGCAAAAUGAAUCCAUUGUAUAUUGUAUAUAGAGUCGCAAAUAUAUGUAUUUAUAUAUUUUA